AUGAGACAUGUCCUUCAGUGUAACAAUUUGAUUGUGACGUUUGUGGAUACGGGAAAAAUGUCUGACGAAGAGGAUUCCUCCCCCGAUUGGGCAUUGGCACCCACCAACAGUGUACCAGUUCUAGGUAUAAAGAGGCUUAAGCAGAUAGAGACGAUGUUCGUCUCCCGCCGCCUCCAAGGCCCGAGGACCCAGGGUCUGAGCGUGGAAACACUUCUGGAUAUGCUGUUGGUACUGUACGAUGAGUGCUGCAACAGUAGUUUGAGACGGGAGAAGGCAAUCGCUGACUUCAUACAAUAUGUGAAGCCGGUGGCAGUGGCACUGAAACGUCUACGGUUAUCAAGGGAUGACUUCGAGCUUGUUAAAGUGAUAGGACGGGGCGCCUUCGGGGAGGUUUGCGUCGUUCGAGCGUCUUUCAUGCAGGGAACUGACAGCGGGGCAAAUUCAACAGGAAGUGCUGUGUCAGCUACGGCAGGGGAUAGGGUGUACGCUAUGAAGAUAUUGAAUAAAUGGGAAAUGCUUAAGAGAGCGGACACGGCGUGUUUUCAAGAAGAGCGAGAUGUCCUCGUAUUUGGUGACAGGAGAUGGAUAACCAACUUGCACUAUGCCUUCCAAGAUGAACACAAUUUGUAUCUAGUGAUGGACUACUACUGCGGCGGUGAUCUCCUGACUCUCUUAUCCAAAUUUGAGGACCGAUUGCCCGAAGACAUGGCGCGCUUCUACCUCGCAGAGAUGGUGCUCGCUGUUCACAGCGUGCACGAGCUGCGAUACGUCCACCGUGAUAUAAAGCCAGACAACGUGCUUUUAGAUGCGAGUGGACACAUACGACUUGCGGACUUCGGGUCUUGUUUGCGGUUAGGAGAAGAUGGAAAAGUACAAAGUAAUGUAGCUGUCGGAACGCCGGAUUACAUUUCACCAGAAAUUUUAAGGGCAAUGGAAGACGGUCAAGGGCGUUACGGUCCGGAAUGUGAUUGGUGGUCGCUUGGUGUGUGCAUGUACGAGAUGCUGUUCGGCGAAACUCCGUUCUACGCGGAGUCGCUGGUGGAGACGUACGGCAAGAUCAUGAACCACGCACGCUGCUUCCACUGCCCUCCACCCGAUGAACACGCUGCUCAGGUAUCUGAAGAAGCGAAGGAUCUUAUACGAAGGCUGAUAUGUUCCUCUGAAACUAGAUUAGGAAGAAAUGGAUUACAAGAUUUCAAGAGUCACCCCUGGUUCGCUGGUUUGGAUUGGGACAGUGUGAGAGAAAUGCAGGCGCCCUUCGUUCCGGAUGUAUCCAGUCCAACGGACACGUCUAACUUCGAUGUCGAUGACACUGAUAUACGGCUGUCGGAGGCCGUGCCGCCCACUCGCGCGCACGCCGCCUUCUCGGGCCUGCACCUGCCCUUCGUGGGCUUCACCUUCACGGGCGGCUCGCGCCUCAGCGACCUGGGCGCGCCGGCGCCGCUCAGCCCGGCCAAGAACGCGCCCAACCAGGCUCCCUCAAAUGCAAGUGAUCGCGCGGCACUGAAAGCUCUAGAGAGAGAAAACGCUCUGCUCGCUCAAACUAUCGCAGAACUCCGAGCUGACAGACCUGACGGCGCAAGCGAUGAAGUAACACAACUCAAAGACGAAAUAUCAACACUAACUCAAAGGAACAGCGAGUUGGAAGCGCAAGUGAGGCGUAUCGAACAGUUAAAUACGUCGGUUCAGUCAGGAUCUCAGGAAAUAUCGACAUCACCGCAAGAACUAGCGACACGCGUCAAAGAGUUAGAACUUCUGAUAAAUGCGCUAAAUCUAGAAAAAGAAGAAUUGGUCAAGGAUAAGACUGAUACCGCCGAGAAGCUUCGGUUGCAGGACAAAGAGUUAAAGGACGCGGUCACUCAGAAAAAGCUCGCUAUGACGGAGUAUAACGAAGUGACGGAUAAACUAUCAGAGUUGAGGCAACAGAAACAGAAAUUAUCUCGGCAGGUUCGCGACAAAGAAGAAGAGCUAGAAGUGGCGAUGAGCAAGAUCGAUGCACUGCGGCAAGACAUCCGGCGAGCGGACAAGGCGCGUCGCGACCUUGAAGCACGUCUAGACACAGCACUAGCCGAGGCUACCAAGGAGCGCAAGUUGCGUGAAGAAAGUCUACGGCUACAGCGCGUAGAGGCUGGCGACACUGGCUCGGCCGCGGACGUGGCCAAAUUGCAGGCCGAUAUCGAGGCACUCGAGUCGCAGUACGCCGAGUCGCUGUCUCAAGCGCAGGCGCGGUACGCGGCCGAGCUCGGCGCGCUGCGGGACCAGCUGCACGACGCGGACGCGCGGGGCGCGAGGCUGUCGCGCGAGUUGCAAACAUCAAAGGAUAAGUUAGAAAACCGUCGAUUAGAACAAUUGAACGACAGCGAGGAUAAACAGAUGCUCAUCAAUGAAAAUAGAAAACUUGCUAAGGAUCUUGACGCGAUGGCAGAAAAUGGCAGAAGAUGGCAAACGGAGAGGCGACAACUCGAAAUGGAGUUGGACGAGUUACGAGCGAAGCGCGACUCCAUGCAACACUGGGAGACACAGAUUGCGGAUAUAAUUCGGUGGGUCGCAGACGAGAAGGAAGCGCGCGGAUAUUUACAAGCACUCGCCACUAAAAUGACUGAGGAAUUGGACUAUCUCAAACACGCGAGUACAGGCCGCGGCGCGCCCUCGUCUCCCCCAGCGAGCGGUGGUCCAGCGGGCGCGGGAGGCUGGAGGAACCGGCGCUCGCAGAAACUGGACAAGAUGGAGAUCCUCACACUGCAGUCGUCGCUGCACUCCGAGAUCCAGGCCAAGCAGGCGGUCGCCGAGGAGCUGAGCCGCACGCGCGCCGAGCUGCUGGCCAGCCAGAGGGAAUUAAACGAGACCCGGCAGCGCCUCGACACUCUCGCUCACGAUAUGAAGCGUAAAGAACAGCACAUACGCGACAUCCAGGCCAAGCUUGAUCAGCCACAUCAGCCCUCCAACUCCUCGAGGCAAGGAUCGGCCAAGUCAUCCAGCUACUGGAGCGGCAAAGAAGAGAAUGUCUUAGAUCGUCCGCCGUCACAAAUGAGCUACUUGGAACAGUUCUUGAAAGAGGCGCCCACGGAGAGGCAUUACGAUAAUGUCGCCUCCAUGAAUAAUGAACAGAAGAUGUCGCCGCAAUACCGUUACAGAAAUGCCCAGUAUUAUUGCAAUGCAAAGCUCAUGUACGGAUCCCAGCAGUCGACGGCGAUGAGUGGUUCCGCCGAGUCUCAAGACGAGAUGGAGCAAAGAGCGGCUUCCCCAAUCUCCUGUAAGAGUUCGCCCAGUGAGAUGUCCACCUAUUCACUACAAGACCCGACGCUCGGUCCGGCAGUGCCCGGCAAGCAGAAGGUUCACCAGUUCCUUGUACGAACUUUCAGCAGUCCAACAAAAUGUAAUCACUGUACUUCUUUGAUGAUCGGGCUGACGCGGCAGGGCGUGGUGUGCGAGACGUGCGGGCUGGCCGUUCACACGCGCUGCUGCGGCCGCGUGGCGCCGCGCUGCCCGCUGCCGCCCGAGCGCUCGCGCCGCCCGCUCGGCAUCGACCCGGCGCGCGGCCAGGGCACGGCCUACGAGGGCUACGUCAAGGUACCGAAACCAGGCGGCGUGAAGAAAGGUUGGAUGCGGCAGUUCGUUGUUGUGUGCGAUUUCAAGUUGUUCCUAUACGAUAUAUCUCAAGAUAGAAACGCGUUACCAUCGGUAUGUGUAAGUCAAGUGCUAGACAUGCGGGACCCCGAGUUCAGCGUGACGUCAGUGAAAGACUCUGACGUCAUACACGCGAGCAAGCGCGACAUACCUUGUAUAUUUAGGAUAUCAACGUCACAACUCGAAGGUGGUAAAAGGUACCACACGUUAAUGUUAGCGGAAUCCGAGUCAGAGAAAACGAAAUGGGUGGUCGCAUUGAGUGAACUACAUAGGAUAUUAAAAAGGAACAACCUACCAGAUAAAUAUGUGUACUCUGCGGCGUGCGUGGCGGAGGCGGCGGGCGCGGGUGCGGGCGCGGCGUGCGUGCGCGGGGCCACGUGCGCGGCCGUGCUGGAGGGCGCGCGCGUGUGCGUGGGCGGGGACUUCGGGCUCGCCCUGCUGGACCUGGAGCGCGCCGAGCUGGUGCCGCGCCGCGCGCACGCGCCCGUGCACCGCCUGCGCUACGUGCCGCACGAGCAGCUGCUCGUGGUGAUCGCGGGUCGCGGUCGCAACGUUCGCCUGGUUCCAAUAAGAGCGCUUGAGUGCCCCGAAGCGGAGAGCGUGAAGCUAGCCGAAGCGAAGGGAGCCGUCGAUAUAGCGGUUGGGGAACUGAACUCGUCUUCCUACGGUUUCGCCGUUGUUUGUAAACGUCAGAGCUCGUGGGCGGUGCUGGUGUACGAGAUCACGCGCACGGCGGCGCGGCGGCAGCGCGUGGCGGAGCUGCGGCCCGCCGCGCCCGUGCUGAGCGUGCAGCUGCUGCGCGGCCGCCUGCUGCUGGGCCACCGCGGCGCCUUCGUGGCGCACGCGCUGCGCCUCGAGCAGCCGCUCGCGCAGCCGCCCGUCUCGCUCGUGCACCCCGAGAACCAGGUGGGCGUGUUCCUGGCGCACUCGGGCGCGCGGCCGCUGACGGCGCGGCCGGCCGGCGGCGACUGGCUGCUCGUGUUCGGCGCGCUGGCGCUGUACGUGGACCGCGCGGGGCUGCGCGCGCGCGACACCGAGCUCAUGUACACGGCGCACCCCGUCUACCACGCAAUCAACGACACCCAUCUGUUAAUAUUCACAACAUCACACAUCGACAUUUACGAGAUCGACUCUGGAGAGUGGGUGCAGACCAUCAACCUACCGAACGCGCGUCCACUGGACGAAGCGGGCUGGGUGGUGCUGGUGGGCGGCGCGGGCGCGGGCUCCUUCCCCUUCUCCGCGGACUCCGCGCCCUACCUCGUGUACCUGCGCCCACUGCUGGGCCCCGGUCCUCUGAAUUUGGAGCUGACGUCGUACGGACCGAACAAGCGUCGGUUUUCAGUUCGGGAACAGUCACACCAAGCGAUAGAGGCCCACAACAGAUUGUCAGAACGUCGAUCCCGCCUUAUCUCCGCGCCGUCGAACUUCGCCCACGUGUCGCACAUGGGCCCGGGCGACGGCAUCCGCUCGCAGCGUCUGCUGGACCUGCCCACCACGCUGGAGACCGCCGACCGCGAACAGAUGUUUGGCAGUAGGGAUAGCAGUAAGCGAACGUCACCACUCACGAUAUCACAUCCUACUGGUUCCUACAAUGGGUCGUGGCGAACUCGAUCGCGGGAUGCGCCAUUAGAAGCUCCGCCUUCGCCGCCGCAUCGUAUGGAAAGGUCGCUGGGCGGCGGCUCGUGCGGCAGCGGCUCGGCGCUGGAGCGCUGCCUCACGCCGCUCAGCCUGGGCAGCAUGAGUAGCCUGCACGACGUGCUCAAGAUGGGCACGGACGUAGGCGACGGCGCGCAGUCCGAAGACAGCAGCGGGGCGUCACCACCGCACCCCUCGGAGCCCUGAUGAAGCCAACUGGACACGUAUUGGAAGAUCGAUAUGUCCAGAUUCUACGCGUGCUUCUGUUGAGACGGUGACCAACGUCACAGAGACUAUAACUUUCGUGAUAUGUGAAUAACAUAUGUAUAAACAUGUUUUAGCUGAGUCGAGUCCGUAUUAUAUUAUAUAACUAAUUAUAUAAACGAAUAAAUAAAAAACACUUGGACUGAACAGUGGACAAAAAGAGUGUUCCAAGUUACUCAUACUUUAUUACAUUUAUGUAAUGAAAUUGUUUGUGUAUUUUUGUUGAAGUUUACUCUUUAAGAAACUAAAAGGCCCGUGGCGUCAAAAAAGUGGGGUCUGAAAUCGUGUGAAACAGUAAUGCUGACCUCACAGAAGAACGUAUCUUGUGAGAUGAAAGACAAGAUAUAAAAACUCCAGUUACGUGGCCGAGCUGACAACCUUUUAUUGAAGUUUAUUAGUGAAUAACAUUUAAUUUAUUUAUAAUUAUUUUGUAUAAAAUUUUGAGAGGCUAUUCCGUUGUAUAUUCACUUCAACUUAGCUAAAACAUGUAGUGUUUUUUAUAUGUAUUUUACAACGACGAAUCUUCCAUGAUUACAUAUGUAUUAAGUGAAACAAUUAACGUAUUAAAAAAUAAGUUCACUAAUCUCUCUCUUAGGGCUUGUUUUACCGGUUUUGGGUAACGCUAUUUGACAGAUGACGGCAUCUAACAGAUAAAAGUUUUCAGCGUAUAACUUUUCUUUAGCAUCAAAUUUCACUAUAUUCAUGACAUAUUUCUAUUCGGAAAUGUGAACAUCUACAAGUUGUAAUUUGUCAAUUGAGCAGAAACAGUCUAUUCUAUAACUUAUUUGCAGGAAAAACUCUACCCACAACCUGUGAACUCGUCCCUGAAAGGAAAAAAAUAUAUAAAUUAGAAAGGGAUUGUUGAAUUUUCUAACAUUUCUAAUUAAAAUCAUAUUUAUAUAUUCAUUUUACGUUUUUACAAAAGUGUGAAAGUUCAUUUAAAUAUAUUCAUUGAGAAGUAUAAUUUCUCAUACAUAAAAUGUAUGAAAACAUUUUUUUUACGAUAAUUAAGAAAUUAAAACAGAUUUGUUCAUCUG